AUGACUCCUUCAGCUACUUCAGUUGACACUUCUGACACCGUCAGUAAGUGCGACUCAGAGACUUCCCGGAAUAAACACGGCCAUGAGUUGCAGAACAAAACACCACUUCAAGCUAUGUCCCAUGGUGGCGUUGUUUUUGGCGGCAUUCCGAAGCAUUUGGACUUCCAAUCAAACCGUCAAUGGCAACUCGAGCAUAUGGCUGCUGCCUUCCGUCACUGGCAUCGCGAAGGCUAUGUCGAGGGGAUGAGCGGCCAUAUUUCGGUUCGUGAUCCGGAGUUUCCCAAUGCGUUUUGGACCAACCCCCUCGGCCGGCAUUUUGGUCUCUUGAAAGUUAGCGAUAUGAUUCUUGUUGGCUUAGAUGGAUCUGUCAUCGGUGGCAAUCGAUCUACUCCUCCGAAUACUGCCGGUUUUCUCAUUCACGCCUCAGUUCAUAAAGCUAGACCGGAUGCCCAUGCUGUUUGCCACUGCCAUAGUGUGCAUGGGAAGGCAUGGUCGGUCUUCGGCAGACGACUAGACAUGUUAACACAAGAUUCUUGUGUCGUCUUGGGUAGUGAAGAAGGGGACCGCAUUGCUAGCGCACUUGGUCCAAACGGCAAAGGAUGCAUUCUCAGGAACCAUGGUAUCCUGACUGUUGGGAAGACUGUCGACGAGGCUGCGUUCCUAUUCACAUCUAUGGAACGAACAUGUCAGGUUCAACUGCUGGUAGAGGCAGCAUCGCAUGAGGGUAGUGGUCUUCGGAAGGUGCUAAUCAGUGAUGAAGAGGCGAACUUCAACUUUGACGUUGAGAGUGAUCCUGAGAUUUGUUACUGCGAGUUCCAGGCAUAUUACGAUUUGGAGGAAGAGCUAUCCGGUGGAAGUUUCAAAAUUUGA